GUUGCCACAAUGAAGUUCAAGAGCCCCCCAGUCAACAGCCUCAGCCUGGACUUCCUCACCGAGUUUUGCAUAAGCUUGGAGAAGCUGGAGAACGACCGGGCCUGCCGGGGCGUGAUCUUCACAUCCGCCAUCCCUAAAAUAUUCUCAUCCGGCCUGGACAUCACCGAGAUGUGCGGGAAGAGCACGGAGCACUAUGCUGAGUUCUGGAGAGCUGUGCAGGAGAUGUGGCUCCGGCUGUACGGCUCGAACAUGGUGACAGUCGCUGCAGUCAAC